AUGCAGGCUACCUAUCACGGAAAGUCCUCGCCUCAUGGGGAGCCCUCCGCMUAUACCGAAUAUAUGGCCCAGGAUCAGACCCACAAGGCCCCCAUCCCCAAGAACGUUGCCUUUGAGCUUUUGCUUGACGAAAACUCCAAAGUUCGGGCUCGCAUUCCCAUGAGGGUACAGAUAUACCCUCAUGAUACGACGGAUUCUAUCGUGACUACAGUAAAGAAUUUCUAUGGCAUCUAUGACGGUGCCGCCAGUGGUGUCAGCUUUGAGGAUGAAAAUGGCAUCACCCUCAUCGCAAGGUAUGAGAAUCUAAGAAAUAACAUGACCGUCUAUGUGCGGGUGAUUCCCGUUCAAGCAUACCCGGAAGGCUACGGGGAUCGCUAUUACGGCAUCUCAGUAGAGGCUCGCAAACGUCCCAGUCUUGGCGAACCUUUCCAGUUGGGGCCGGCUAUGCAGCCGGCGCAGGUCUUGGAGCAUAAUCAACCGCCAUCCAGGCCUACCUCCAGGCUUGCUCGCAAGCGCAGCAUGUCACCUUCCGGUAGAAGCCGUCGGAGCGCCUCUCAGAACAAGCAGCUCUCCAGAGCUGGCAACAAGAGCAGGGGUUCCAGCACUCAUGGCAGCUUUCAUGAUGACGGAGCCUCGGGCUACAGUGACAGCGAAGGCGGUUAUGGCUCCGUCUCUGGCACGAAGAAAGCCCGCAGCGAGCAGUUUGGUAGCUCAGAUAUUAGCAUGGAAAAUAUACUCCAUGACGGUCGCCGGAAGCGACCCAAAUUUGAAAGCUCGGAAUUGCCAUUGUUUGUUCCUCCUCAGGUCCCUCUGACAACCUCUACCUCGUCGAUCUCUCCUCAACGUCGAUCAAUCGGCCAAGAAGGUGCAAUCUCGCCAUUCGCUCGGCCCAACCAACGUCCAUACAAUCUACAACAACCACUGCCAUCUCCACAAAGCUAUGGCCACACUGAGCAGACAUAUACAAUGAGUUCCGCUCACACCCCCAUGUACGCCACUCCGGCGGUGCCUGACCAUGGUCAUCGUCUGCGCGAUCGCGCUAUCGCACAGUCGUCUGGACAGUACAGCAACGCCGCCGGCCGGUAUAAUGGGCCAGGUGUCCUUCCAACUCCUGAUCCCACCAUUGCUAGCUGCAUAUCUGAUGAGGAUGUUGCAAUGCAGCUAAUCCGGCUGGGAGACGCUUCGAAUUUCUCUCAUGGUCGAACAUCGGCGUCUACGUUGGACGAUGCCUUCAGCGGCGCUGCUGAUGCUGCUUCCUCCACCGGCGCCACAAGCGACGGUGAAGACUUCAGUGAGGAUGACGAUGAUUUGCCGGCGCGGUCUAGACAGAAGCUCGAUUCGAGCCCAAUGCUCCCCCCUGGCACCACUAAACGCACUCACAAGCGCCUUGACGAUAUCUUGCCUAGUUUCGACAGCUCCGACGGCAGCUACGACGGUAUGGAUGACGACUACCAACAUGAAGAGCUUAAUGAUAGUCUAGUCAAGAGCGAGGUCGACGAAGAUUCGCUUUACAGAGACUCUACACCUAAGCCGAAGAAGGCUAAGACUCGGCCGACCAAUACAGCUUCUGCCAAACCGCGUCUGUCCAAGACAGCGCCCCCGCGCCAGGGCAAGAGUGGAAAAUCUUUUUCGACCGCGGUGGCUCGUAAGGCCAAGUCGACGACCACUGUGGUGAGUCAGAAGGCUGCGCCACCGUCGCAGAUCGUUAGCCCUACCCCUGCUCGCAAGACCUCUACAUCCUCCGUCAACGUUCAAACUCAGCUAGCUGCGGACGAAGAGGAUCUUUCAACCAAGCCACGCUGUCAGCGAUGCCGCAAGAGCAAGAAGGGCUGUGAUCGCCAGCGUCCUUGUGGUCGAUGCAAGGAUGCCGGUAUUGGUCUCGAAGGCUGCAUUAGUGAAGAUGAGGGCAACGGUCGCAAAGGUCGUUAUGGUCGCCAUAUGGGCGUACCAGUUAAGAAAGCCCUCGACGCGAUCCCUGCAAGCAACGAGCCCCUGAUCGGCACUACGGCUAUCCCUUCCUCAUCCGCUAUAGCAGACAAGAACAAAAAGCGCAAGCGUUAG